UAGCAAUCAAUUGUCCCAUCUCGUCGUCCGUAGCCCGAUUGUCUGUUUGUUCGCGUUUGCUCCAUCUCGGCGACCCGAACUCUGCAUCAAACUUGCAUCAACUCCGUAUAUCUCUUUCUUCUCACGAGAAGCUGGCCAUCAUGGUGUUUUGAGCUGUUGAACCCCCACCAACCAUACACGACUCCCUUCGCCUUAGCACACUAGGUCAUGUCGGCCACUUGUGCCCUUCGAGGCAUCUAUACUUGCCAUAGACUGGCCCAUCCCUCACGAACCUUCUCCCGUAUCUCGACCUGCCAGAAAAGCAUCCGCCCCAAUGUCCGCGUCUUCACCACCUCGCCAUGGCGCUGCAAAGACGACUCUCGUGCCAAAAAUGUUCCGUCUGAGAUCAAGGUCGAAGCUGCUGAAGCUACCAAGACUCCCACUGUGCAGCAAGAGAAGGCCACUGGUCCAGCCAAACAACCCACGCUGCUAGCCGAGCAGACCGUCUCCAACAAGGAACAGCGCAAGGCUGAUUGGGCUAUUAUCAAGGACAUGGUCCGCUACCUAUGGCCAAAGGAUGAUUUUGGUACUCGUUUCAGAGUCGGCCUGUCCGUCGCACUCCUCGUAGGCGCAAAGGUUUUGAACGUCCAAGUCCCCUUCUAUUUCAAAUCCAUCGUAGAUUCCAUGAACAUAGACUUUGCUGCUGUUGGCGGCACUGCUGUCACCGUCGCUGGCGCCACCAUCUUCGCCUACGGUGCUACUAGAAUAGGUGCUGCUGUCUUCCAAGAGAUUCGCAACGCAGUCUUCGCCAGUGUAGCCCAGAAAGCUAUUCGCCGGGUCGCUGCCACUGUCUUUGAUCACCUUCUCAAGCUGGAUCUGAACUUCCACUUAUCGAGACAGACUGGUGGUCUAACCAGAGCUAUCGAUCGAGGAACAAAGGGUAUUAGUUUCCUCUUGCAGUCAAUGGUCUUCCAUAUCAUCCCUACUGCGCUUGAGAUCUCGUUAGUCUGCGGUAUCCUAACGUGGCAAUAUGGAUUCAAAUUCGCCCUCAUCACAGCUGCCACCAUGGUCGGCUACUCCGCCUUCACAAUCUUGACAACAUCGUGGAGGACGAAGUUCCGCAAGGCCGCCAAUGCAGCUGACAACAAGGGAGCAACGGUCGCAGUAGACUCGCUGAUCAACUACGAGACCGUAAAAUACUUCAACAACGAGCGCUAUGAAGUCGGACGCUACGACGCCGCUCUUCGCAACUACCAGGACGCAUCCAUCAAGGUUGCUACUUCGCUCGCCUUCCUCAACAGUGGACAGAACCUAAUCUUCUCGAGCGCUUUGACGGCUAUGAUGUACUACGGCGCUGACGGCGUUGCUACCGGCCAACUUACUGUUGGCGAUCUUGUCAUGAUUAACCAACUCGUCUUCCAGCUCUCGGUGCCUCUGAACUUCCUCGGCUCCGUAUACCGCGAACUCAGACAAAGUCUGCUUGACAUGGAGACACUUUUCAACCUUCAGAAGGUCAACGUGGCUAUCAAGGAACCCGAGAAUGCCAAGCCUCUGAUGCUUACAGGUGGUGGUAUCAAGUUCGAGAAUGUCUCUUUCGGCUACCGCCCUGAUAGACCCAUUCUCCGCAAUCUCAACCUUGAAAUCCCUGCUGGCAAGAAGAUUGCCAUCGUUGGUCCCAGUGGAUGUGGCAAGUCGACCAUUCUUCGUCUACUGUUUAGAUCUUACGACGUUCAAGGUGGCAGAAUCUUGAUUGAUGGACAAGACAUUCGCGAUGUUCAGAUUGAGAGUCUUCGUAAAGCCAUUGGUGUUGUGCCGCAAGACACACCUCUGUUCAAUGACACCAUCGAGCACAACCUCAGAUACGGUGAUCUUGAAGCUCCUUCUGAGAAGGUCGAAGCAGCUGCAAAGCGUGCUAAGGUCCACGAUAUUAUUCAGAAGUUCCCUGACAAGUACGCCACCAUGGUGGGUGAGCGUGGUAUGAUGAUCUCAGGUGGUGAGAAGCAACGUUUGGCCAUUGCCAGACUGCUGCUCAAAGACCCACCUUUCCUGUUCUUUGAUGAAGCAACAUCUGCCCUUGACACGCAUACAGAGCAGGCACUUCUGGGCAACAUUAACAGUAUCCUCAAAGAGAAGGCUCGAACAAGCAUUUUCGUUGCUCACAGACUCCGCACAAUCUACGAUUCCGACAUUAUCAUCGUCUUGAAGGAUGGCGAUGUAGCAGAGCAAGGUACACACGAGCGCCUUGUUGAUAGUGGAGGUGUCUACUCUGAAUUGUGGAGUGCUCAGGAAAUGCUCUUCAUCGAUGAAGAGCAGGAGAAAUCCGAGGAGAAGAAGAAGCAGGAGAAGAAGAGGAAAUAAAUCUACACACUGUGGACAUAUGAAAUUAUGUCAUUGUAUAUACUGUAAACUAGAUGGAUGCCUGAAAAUGCCUCUGAUGAUCUCCAUAAACUGCCUGAUUUUAGAUUGGGCGAAAUCCUUCCAGCUCAACACGUU